GCUUAAACUAAUUUGAGUCGUCUCUGACUUCAAGGGACGUGUUCCUAAGUCAGGCUUUUCGCCGCGUCAGUUCCUACUGCAUAUUUGAUGACUGAAAUUAAUCACUGUGAUUCUGAAGUAUCUACAAUUUUCAGCAUUGUUUUAAUAUUAGUUAAUGGCGCCUUUUGUUUGACCUUUUGAGUGCUGAUUGAAUCCUGUUUAGACUGGUGGACACCGACGGCCAAUUUCCCCUUAAGCUCAUGAUUCACGGACUCCAUGCAAUGGCAGAAGAAGUACUCAGAUCCUCAACUUUAGUCCAAGUAGGGAUACCCAAGUCUGAAAAUACUUAAUUACAAGUAAAAGUCCAGGAUUCAAAUUAUUAUCAGAAAAUGUGCUAAAAGUAUCAUAAGUGAAAAGUCAUGUAAUAAUAAUAAAAAUGUCCUUUAUUUAUCCCUGUAGGGAAAUUCCUCUCUGCAUUGACCUGUCCUUAAUUAUUAAGGAGCAGUGGGCGGCAGUAAAGCGCCCGGGGAGCAACUCGGGGUUCAACUAUGGCGAGAGCGGGGAUCGAACCAUCUACCUUGUGGUUACUGGACGACCACUCUCCCCCACUGAGCUACAGCUGACUCCCAAAUGUUCCCCCUCCAGGACCCGGUCCGGCUGCAGCAGUGGCUGAGGAACAUGCGGCGCGCCAACUGGGCUCCCUCUCGGCAUCAGUAUAUUUGCCACGAGCAUUUUGCGCCUUCGUGCUUCAAGGUGCGCUGGGGGAUCCGGUACCUUGAGAGCGACGCUGUGCCCACAGUCUUCCAGGACGCCGAGAAAAGGAAAGCGUCUUACGAGAUCAUCGUGGACCCGUCACAGCAGGCAGAAACCAGCCGGUUGGAGGCAAGCGGCCUCGGGGGGUCUGACCACUUCCCUUUCACUUUACUCCAGAUGGUCAACGAUCUAAGUAACGCCGAGGAGGUGAUCGUGAUGUCCGAAUGCCCCGCCAGCGAGGGUCUGGAUGAGCUCCUGAACGUAAUCCCCACUGCCAUCUUAACGCAGGGCCACGUGCUGGUGAGCGAAGACGCGACUGGCGCCCCGAAGGAGCCCUCGGACACCCCUGAGGGCGGCGAAACUCAAGUCAUCGCCUACUUCGAGAGCAUACCGAACGUUUUCCCUGGGGAGGCCGCCGCCCUGCUCAGCAUCUGCCCGGACACAGUGCUGUCGUCCGCUCUGAGCUCCAAGCCCAUCACGUCCACUCUGCCCAUCGUGUCCAAGCACACGGCGCGCUCCCCGACGUCCCUGGUCCUCACCGCGGAGAGGUUGGACAUGGACGAGGAAGAGGGGGAGGAGGACGGAUCGUCGGAGGAGGACGGAUCAUCGUCGGAGGAGGAUGGUGCGUCAGAAGAGGAAGAAGAAGACGAGGAGGAUGGUGCGUCAGAAGAAGAAGAAGAGGAGGAGGAGGCCGACGACGACGGAGCGGAGCCGCUGGAUGAGCACUGCUACCACAAGAGCAGUCUGAGCAAGGAGCAGCUGGAGGUGAUCGUGGCCGAGCUGCAGAAGAAGGUGAAGGUGCUGCAGCAGCGCCACCGCCGCCACCUGGAAAAGCUCCUGGGCCUGGAGAGCACGGUGAGCCAGCUGGGGCAAAGCAACCUGCUGAACGAGGAGCGCCUGCAGCUGCUGGAGAGGGCUUACGUACAGACCAGCGCAGCGGUGUCGGAUGCCGGGGCCACCGUGGCCAUCAUCUACGACAUCAUCGCCCGCUGCGAUAAAAGCCUCAGGGCUUUUGUUGUUUCAACGACAGGGCCGAUGUCGUUGAAACAACACAUUGAAUGUAGCGCGGCGGCGUGUUGUUGAAUCUGCUGUGAGAGUUGCACAAACGUGGUUGUGUAAUAUGUGACGGUGUUGAAUGUAGGGUUUCUUUUCUUUUUAUUUAAGCGCUCCACACUCUACCCUCCCCCUCUUCCACCAACCAAUUUUUGUUUGAUUUUGAGCUUAUUUUUGUUUGAUGAUGCACAUAUUAAAUGAAUAAAACAACAAACUA